UCUGUCCGUAGGCGCAUGGGCGCAGUGGUGCUGCGGCGAGGAAGCUUUUUCUUGCGCCUCGGCGCGGUGUCAUCCUGGCUGCAGCCCCUGCGCCCUCAAGCCGGCGUGAAGACCCUGGGGCCCGCGCUGCAGCAGGACUGCACCUGCGCCCCCACCAGAGAUUGGAGCACAGAGCGGCCCGAGAAGCCGCUGGGCGCGCUGUUCUCCCCGGAGCAGCAGGCCGCCGUCCUGCAGGCGCUCAACACCGCGUCCGGGGAGGAGCUGGCUGCCAUUGGAGAGCUGCAGGGCACCCUGCCGGCCGAUAUCGUCGAGUAUCGCCUGCAACACGGGCCCUUUGGGGACUUGCUGAGCUUACUGAAUGUGCCUAUCUUGCAACUUCAAACCCUAGUUAACGUUUGCAACUUUAUUCUGGAUUCAUCUGAGGAAGUGGAGAAGAGAGAGGGAAAAAUGCAGGGCGCUAAAUUGUCAAGGAGGUUCUUUAAACCUAAAAUCAAAAACGUGGAGGCUUUAUCUAGCAUCGUGUCUAUUGUUUUUGGCCCUCGCAAAAUUGCAUGGGCUCAUGUGGAUCGCAGCUUAGCAGUUCACAGUUGGCAGCAGAAAGAAUACAGAUUUAUAAAGGGAACCUAUCAGCCAGCAGUGUAUCUGGAAAAUAUUUCUUCAGUGGUUUCCAAACUUCCUAAAGCUGAUGUUUAUGUUCUGGAAAAAAAAAGACUUUCUAAUCAGAAUAUAAAUUUGUUUCCUGUAACAUUACAUCUUCGCAUGAUCGAAGCUAUGCUGUAUGCCCUGUUACAUAAAACACUGCAGUUAGAUGUCCAGGACCAAAUACUAGGUAUGUCCCGAACUGUUGUAGGAAAACACUUUGGGUUGAUGGUAGGAGAUUUCCGGUCAAGUGGAAUGGAACUUGUGAAGCAACUUCUCCUAGAAUAUGUUACCCAAGAACAGCCACGAAUAUCCUUUCCCCUGAACAAGGUGGUGACGUAUAGAAACUUACUUUCUUCAGUUACACAAAACAGGGAGGAGGAGAUGUGCGAUUCCCUACUACAGGCAGUAGCCUUUUAUGAACUCCUAAUAUUAAACAACACUACUUGAAUCUUUUACUGUUGUAGAGCCAAAGUAAACUGAAUGUUGUAUUUUAACUGAA